AUGGCAUCAAACUCGCCCGCAACACCGCCGUCAAGACCGCUGGGGUCGAUGACCAGACUCGCACCUUGCGUGUACAUUUAUCGUCCCGAGUCACCCGCCGUCGCAACUUCCGAGGACCUUACACCGGCCUCCUCCAAGCGAACCCCCAAGUUGAUCAUCUUGGCAACUUGGAUGGGAGCCCGCGACCCGCACAUCGCCAAAUACCUCGUCCAGUACCAAGCCCUGUUCCCAACUGCUCCGAUUCUGCUGCUGCGCUCCGAAGCGCGCCACUUUCUUCGCCCAGGCGGCAACGACCGCGAGUUUGUGGCAGCUGUACCGUUUGUGCGGAGUAUCUUCCCUGAGAUUGGCACUUCUACUACGGCCUCGUCCAAUACAGUGCAGCCCGAGCUGCACCUCCAUGCUUGGUCUAACGGCGGCGCGGCCUCUCUUCAUCACCUCCGUGCCGGUCUCUGUCUCCCAGCCUCGGGCACCACCUCCACUUCCAACACCAACACCAACACUCUCCCACCUUACACCCUCCUCUUAGAUUCCAGCCCAGGCACCUUCCGCUACGGCCCCGCCUAUCUCGCGUUCACGGCCGGUCUGACCGGCAGAACAACCCGUUUCCUCCUCGCGCCUGUGUUCCAUGCCCUAUGCGCAUGGUACUGGCUGAUCCAUGUGGUGAUCGGGCGUGGCAAGACGGGUCCGCUGGCUGUGGUGGGAGCCGCGCUGAACUGGAAUGGUGGUGGUGAUAAUGAUGGUAAUGGUAAGGGCAAGGGCGUCGCACAGGCCGAGUUGAGGAGGACCUAUGUGUAUGGAGAAGGAGACAAGUUGGUGGACUGGCGGGAUGUGGAAGCGCAUGCGGCCGAAGCUGAGAGGAAAGGGUUUAUGGUUAGGAGGGAGAAGUUUGAGGGGAGUGCGCAUGUGGCACACGUCAGGGUAGAUGCGGACAGAUAUUGGCGGGUGGUGACGGAGACGUGGGAGGGGGUAGAAUAG